AUGUCUGUUCUGGGACCACUUUCUGGUUCCCUCUUACUCGACUUCGUGCUUUUAUUGUUCGCGUUAUACAUCUCAGCCUGCAUACGAUCUUAUCGUCAUCUCAAGCACAUCCCAGGACCAAAUCUCUGGGCUUGGUCGGUCAUACCGCUCUUCUGGACUCACUUGCGGGGCGACAUCUUUGACAAAUUCGAUGAUCUCAAUCGUCAAUAUGGGCCUCUGGUUCGAAUCGCCCCAAAGACGCUUCUGGUGUCAGACCCAGAAGUUUUGCGCCGAAUGUCGGCUGCCAGAUCGCCGUACACACGAUCUGAUUGGUAUCUGGCCAUGCGCCUGAUCCCUGGUAAAGACAAUGUCUUGUCGACACGAGACGAGAAACACCACGAUGACUUACGUCGCAAGAUGGCAUCCGGGUAUUCCGGCAAGGAGAAUCCUUCUUUGGAGCAAGACAUUGACGAAUGUGUGCUUGACCUUGUAAAACUUAUCGACACGAAAUAUCUCAACUUGCAUCCUGGUCAAGUCGUGCGUACGGAUCUGGCACGCAAAAUCCAGUACUUUACAAGCGAUAUCAUGAGCAAGCUGGCUUUCGAUGCGAAGUUUAAUGAUCUCUCCGAGGACAAGGACAACUUCGGCUACAUCCACGAGGUUGAGACAAUCUUCCCGAGCAUCUUCUGCACCUGCACUAUACCAGCUGUUGUCACAUUCCUCACCAGUAUCGGCUUUCUGAAACUGUUUGCACCAUCAGUCAAUAGUACUUUCGGUCUAGGCAAGGUCCUCGGCAUAACUCGUUCGCAAGUUGCAAAGCGGUUCGACAAGAACGGUAAGCCCGAAGUCGAACACAAGGAUAUGCUUGCUAGCUUCAUCCGCCACGGACUUAGUCAGGAGGAGGCUGAGCAGGAGAGCGUUAUGCAGCUCGCUGCUGGUUCCGAUACAACUGCUACGGGACUGAGAGCAACUCUGCUGUGCAUCAUCACGAACCCUCGUGUACAUACUAAAUUGCUGGCGGAGAUCGAUCAAAGACGUCUUUCCGGAGAAACAACUUCUAGUAGCAACAGCAUCAUCUCUGACCAGGAGGCGAGAGAACUUACAUACUUACAAGCAUGCAUAAAGGAGGGGCUCAGAUGGUAUCCUCCCAUUGCUGGAAUGCUGUCAAAGAAGACUCCUGCAGAAGGCGAUACCUUAUGCGGCUACCCAGUCCCCGGCAAUGUCAGCAUUGGAUAUUCUGCAAAGGCAGUACAUCGGUCUGCAACUCUCUUUGGCCCGGAUGAAGACGUCUUCCGACCCGAACGCUGGAUUCACAAAGAUCAAGGUGGCGACGAGACCUCUGCUGACAAAUUGAAGGCAAUGGAGCGCAAUAAUGAACUCGUUUUCGGACAUGGCAAGUACCAAUGUUUAGGUAAGAGCGUCGCUGCCCUUGAAUUGAACAAGGUUAUUUUUGAAUUGCUGCGUCGAUAUCAGAUCACGCUCGUCAAUCCGACGCAGCCAUGGGUAUCGAGCUGCUAUGGCAUUCAUCUGCAGCGAGACAUGUGGGUUACGAUACGCGGGCGCAGGCAGACGUACGACGGGUGA